CCAUCAUCAACCGCCAAUUCCCAAACUCCCACCGGUCUCUCUCUCUCAAUCAAUACGAAUAUAAACAAUACAUGUUGAUGCAUGCAUUUAUAUAACUGUCUCGAGCUAUAUUUAUAAAUUGUGUGUUUCUGUGUGGAAAGAAGGAAUGGAAGGCGUGCCAGUAAGUGUAUCCAGAAGAUUACCGGGGUAUUGGAGGAUCAGAGGCUAUGAGCGGCUCAGUGGGACUGGUCGGAGACGGAAGACUACUCGGUUGGCGUUAGGUGCGGUCGGUUCGAACCGGAGAAGGCGGUUCUUGAGGAUAAAGGUUACUCCCAAGCUGAAGCUAAAGCUGAAGCUGAAGCUCCGAUUCUCGCCCAAGAAGUUCUUCUGUGGCCUGAGGGACGCUUACGUGAACACGAUGCUGAGGUUUGCUAAUUCCAGAGUGAUCAAUGGUGGUGGUGGGAUUGUUGGGGAUGAGAGGAUGAUCAUUCAGAUCUACAAAUCAAUUGUGAUGGCUCAGGGCCAAUUGGUGCCCCUUGAUGCAGCCAGAAUUGGCACCGAGAUGGUCUGCCACCGAAAAUUGCAGCAAGGGUCUUAA